AUGGCGGGCGAGCAGAUGCACGUGCUAUCGGCGCUGGACGGCGCCAAGACCCAAUGGUACCACUUCACGGCCAUCAUUGUCGCCGGCAUGGGCUUCUUCACCGACGCCUACGACCUCUUCUGCAUCUCCCUCGUCACCAAGCUCAUCGGCCGCGUCUACUACACCGUCGACGGCUCGCCCAAGCCCGGCAGCCUGCCGCCGGACGUAUCGGCGGCCGUGAACGGCGUGGCCUUCGUUGGCACGCUAUCGGGGCAGCUGUUUUUUGGGUGGCUCGGCGACAAGGUCGGCCGGAAGAGCGUCUACGGCAUGACGCUCUUGAUGAUGAUCAUUUGCUCCGUGGCGUCGGGGCUGUCAUUCGGCCACUCGCCGACGUGCGUCAUGAGCACGCUCUGCUUCUUUCGUUUCUGGCUCGGAUUCGGCAUUGGCGGCGACUACCCGUUGUCGGCCACCAUCAUGUCCGAGUACGCGAACAAGCGGACACGGGGCGCGUUCAUCGCUGCCGUGUUCGCGAUGCAGGGGUUCGGCAUCCUGGCCGGAGGCGCAGUGGCGAUCGGCAUCACCGCGCUGUUCAAGAGCCAGUUCCCCGCGCCUCCGUACGCCGUCGACCCGGUGGCGUCCACCCCGCCGCAGGCCGACUUCGUGUGGCGCAUAAUCCUCAUGUUCGGGGCCGUGCCCGCCGCGCUCACCUUCUACUGGCGGAUGAAGAUGCCGGAGACGGCGCGGUACACUGCGCUCAUCGCAAAGAAUGCCGAGCGCGCCGCGGCCGACAUGUCCAAGGUGCUCCAGGUCGAGAUCACCAAGCAGCAGGCGGAGGUCGCGCCGGCGGCGUCGCACUGCAAGCAGUCCUUCGGCCUCUUCUCCUCGGAAUUCGUGCGCCGGCACGGGCUCCACCUCGUCGGCACGACGUCGACGUGGCUGCUCCUCGACAUCGCGUACUACUCGCAGAACCUGUUCCAGAAGGACAUCUUCAGCGCGAUCGGGUGGAUCCCCGCGGCGCAGACGAUGAGCGCGAUGGACGAGCUGUACCAUAUCGCGCGCGCUCAGACGCUGAUCGCUCUGUGCGGCACGGUGCCGGGGUACUGGUUCACGGUGGCGUUCAUCGACGUGAUCGGGCGAUUCAAGAUCCAGGCGGUGGGGUUCUUCAUGAUGACGGCGUUCAUGCUGGGGCUGGCGGUGCCGUAUGAGCACUGGACGAGCGCGGGCAACCACACCUGGUUCGUGGUGAUGUACGGGUUCACCUUCUUCUUCGCCAACUUCGGGCCGAACGCGACGACGUUCAUCGUGCCGGCGGAGAUAUACCCGGCGCGGCUGCGCGCGACGUGCCACGGGAUUUCGGCGGCGUCGGGGAAGGUUGGCGCGAUCAUCGGGUCGUUCGGGUUCCUGUACCUGGCUCAGAGCCAGGACCCGGCCAAGACGGCGCACGGGUACAGCCCGGGCAUCGGCGUGCGCAACUCGCUCCUCCUGCUCGCCGUCUGCAGCUUCACGGGGUUUCUGCUCACCUUCCUCGUGCCGGAGCCCAAGGGCAAGUCGCUCGAGGAAAUGUCGCCAAACUCACUCGUUGAAGUGUUAGCACAAGAAUAG